AUUGUCGGAAAAUGGCCGUGGUUGUGUUCGACUUUGACCACACGAUCAUUGAUGACAAUAGCGACACUUGGGUGGUGGAGGAAUUGGGUCUGACGGAUUUGUUCAAUCAACUGCGCCGAACAAUGCCUUGGACCUCUCUCAUGGACAGGAUGAUGGAGGAGCUUCACUCACAAGGGAAAACGAUUGAUCAAAUUGCGGAGUGUUUGAGAAGGGUUCCUAUCCAUCCCCAGACAAUUGCAGCCAUUACAAAAUCCCAUGCUCUUGGAUGUGAUUUGAUAAUAAUCAGCGAUGCGAAUCAGUUUUUCAUUGAAACAAUCUUGAAACAUUAUGGCUUACAUGGGUGUUUUUCUGAGAUCAUCACAAACUCAAGCUCUGUUGAUGAUCAAGGCAGACUGAGGAUCUUGGCUUAUCAUGAUAUGGUCUCAUCUCCUCACGGUUGCAGUUUAUGCCCUCCCAACUUGUGCAAGGGUCUGGUGAUCAAGCAGAUCCAAGCUUCUAUUUCCGAGAGUGGGAAGAAAAAGAUGAUCUAUCUUGGAGAUGGGGGAGGUGAUUACUGCCCGAGCUUGAAGCUCGGGGUGGGAGAUCACAUCAUGCCAAGAAAAGAUUUUCCUCUGUGGCGGAGGAUUUGCUCGAACCAAAUGCUUGUCAAGGCAGAAGUCCAUGAAUGGAGCAACGGAGAAGAGCUUGAGAGGACCCUACUCCAGCUCAUCAAGACAAAAUCCUUGGAAGGCAACUCCUGAACUUACUUCAUUAAACUCCCAUUCACAGCAAUUUGAGACAUUCUGAUUCAGCUGUGAAUUGCAAUCUGAUAUUGAUUGUUAUUGUGUACCUCUUAUACGAUGGUUUGACUUGAAAAUACAGUGAGAAUAUGUCGUGUUUUUAUGUUCUUGAAUUGAAUGAGCCGGAUGAGUUUGGCCGUU